CUGGCCGGGCUGUGAGGUGAGGCAGCGCGCGCCGCGUGAGCUCCAGCUCCAACCGCCGCCGCCGGUGUCUCUGCAUUUUAAGAGGCAGGCAGGGCUUGGACAAAGAGCGACAGACAGCACAACUUGCAGGAGGUUUUGCUUUUUUCCUCCUCCCCCCACCACCAUCACAGCUCCAUCUCUGCCAGCACUGCUGCUCCUCUCCGACCUACAAUGUCCAAUAAAACGUCAGCCUUGAAUCAAAUGGAGGUCCCUGAGUUGGAUUUCACUACGGGUGAUGCUGGGGCAUCUGCCACCUUCCCGACGCAGUGCUCCUCACUGCGUAAAAACGGAUUUGUGGUCCUCAAGGGGCGUCCCUGCAAGAUAGUUGAGAUGUCAACCUCCAAGACUGGCAAGCACGGCCAUGCCAAGGUUCAUUUGGUUGGCAUUGAUAUAUUCACUGGGAAGAAAUAUGAAGAUAUCUGUCCUUCCACCCACAACAUGGAUGUUCCUAACAUCAAGAGAUGCGAUUACCAGCUGAUUGGGAUCACAGAUGGCUACCUCUCUCUGCUGAUGGACAGUGGUGAAGUGCGUGAGGAUCUUAAACUCCCAGAAGGUGAACUGGGAAAGGAAAUAGAACAGAAAUUCGAGGCUGGGGAAGAGCUUCUGAUCUCCGUUGUGAGUGCCAUGGGUGAAGAGACCGCUGUCGCCAUCAAGGGAAUGACCAAGUAAACGGGAUCAAGACGCCAGACCUGACUGCUCAGGCCAAAACUAUAGAUCUUAAUUGGGUUAAUUGUAGCCAAAGUAACGGCCUUCACACCAUGACCUCAUUUCCUUAGAGUUUUUUUCCAAAUAGCGCCGGCCGGACCUUCCUGACCAAUCGACUGAGCAGCCGUCCCCGCAGGCUGAUUGACAUCAAACUUAAAUCACAGUUCUUGCUGAUGCUCCGUAUGAAAGAUUGGAUUCUAAUGUUUCUCACUAUUGGCCCUCUCUGUUAGUAGAACAGGUCUGUAGAGUGAACUCUUAAGAGCCACAUAGCCUGUGAUUGGUUGGUGCCCAUCUGCCUUGCUUAGUGAGGGUUUCUGGCACAAUACACCUAGUGGCCACGUGCAACUAACUAACUGUAUUACCUCUGUUAUACUUCUGCCGGCUUUUGUUGGUAUCUCACGUUGUAAAACUCAGCUAAUACAAUGUCAACGCUUGUCCUAGGCUGAUAGGACUGGCAUUUCCGAAUGUCGUACAGGCACUCAAAAACAGUGCUGGUGCGAGACUGGGGUGUGUGGGGGACUGCAGGUGUUAUGCUGCGAAAUUUCACUCGAGGCCUUUGUCACCAGACUGAUAAAAAUAUAAUAAAAAAGGAAAAUACAGUUCAGUUGCUUAUUUCUUUUAUUGUAUUUAUCAUGCAAUGGUAUUAAAAUGAGUGAAGAAUUUCCCUGGAGUUUAUGUUCUUAUCUGUGUGAGGUGUAUCUUGUUUGGCAUUUGGGGAAUUAGUUGAGAUAAAUUUGACUGUGCUACAGUCUAUUCUUGUUUGAACACUUGUAUCAGUCUUUGUAGACCUUUUUAAUCUGUUAGCUGCAGUGGUCACUGGCAGACUCAUUACCACUAUUACUGGUCGUGUGGUGGGUGUGGCUGUCGGUGCUGACUGAUUGAUUAGUGGAUCUAUACAGAAGGAAAGCUUGUUUUUUGUUACUGGACUGCUGAAUUUUAAAACUUAAAAUCAACUAGUGUUUUGCAUAAUAGCUGGCAUUAAACAUUCAAUCCAAGGCAUAAGAAACUCUGAACUCUUUUAGGCAUUGCUUCCCCCCCCCCCCCCAUACAUAUAUUUCACAAAAAUAUGGUGAGGCUGUCUUAUUGGCUGCUUGUACCCUGUGGGCUUCUGAACUAAUCACUAUCCUAGGGGUUUACUUGCACUGACCAGUAUGCAACUUGACUCAUUUGUAAAUCUGACAAUGUGUGAGUUUUGUUUCUGAGGCGCUUUCCACUGAAAACAUUGGAAGUACUGAAAGCAAACAUUGAAAGUUCUCAGAGUAAUUCACGUGUGUGUGUGUGUGUGUAGUAAAGGGUGUGGAGUGGUGGUGGUAUUUUAGUUAUGCUGCAAAAAAGCUUUGUUAUAGGGUGGACACUGCAUUAAUUAUCCUUCCUUGUAGUGCAAAAUUAUCAUUGGCUUCAGUUUGUUGGGAGGAUGCCUUUACUGCUAUGCAACAAGCGAGGGAUAGGGCUCGUCGGGGAGGGUGGACAGUUUCUUGUCUAAAUGUCUUUUGUGGGUGAGCACACUGUCCUUUUAUCGCAGGCUUUUGGGUUUGGGUUCAAGUCCAGUCCAAAGCUGAUGGGAUGGGAAGCUUUUCCAUUGUUCUGUCCACUGCAGUUGCCCCACACUUUCACACAGCACACUUCAAUCUAGUUCCCUCACUGUGGGUACGGGCUUACAGCACAAAAUGUAACUUGACAGUACAGUAGUAAAUUUGAAACCUUGCUCAGGAGUGGAAAUAUAUUUUCUGUGGGGAACAGAUAUUUUACAGUGUUGCAGAAAGGGCUGCUCUAUCCUGAGGGCAAAGCAGUGGGAAGUUUUAUAAUUGGCUUCUCUUACCUGGGAAUGCUCCGGGUUUGGCAGGGAAUGCCCAAAAAGGGAAAACAUUUCCUCAGGAUUCGCACAUAACGUAUGUCACCUUGAACACAACAAAACAUUUUUUGCCACAAGCGGUUGCUGAAGGGAUAGUGUGUGCCCUGUUGGUCUUGCUGUUUGGACGGCGUUAUAUAAAUAUUGUAGUAUGAUGCUUCAGCGUGAAUGAAUUGUUAAAAGACUUCAUUAUGGCUACCCCUAGGGCGUAUUGACCUGCAGAUAAAUGUACAAUAAAAUGAUUGAUUUCAAAUCUGUUUGCCUGAAAACCCAGAUUCCCAUUAAUAUGUUGUAGGGUAUGGACUGUAGUAUACCACCUGGAGUUACAACCUGUUUCUCUGUCUCUUACAGGCAUCGUAGUUAUCUAAUGUGAUUCAAACUGCCCCCUCACCCUGUAGAAAACUUGCGUUUAGUACAUUGUGUAGAAAAGCAUAACCAUAUCAAUGAACAUUUCUAAUUUCACAGUAAAGAUUUUGGGUUGUUGAAGGCUGUUUAAAUUUGGUUUCUCCGUGUCGUCUCUUGAAAUGGGAAUUCGCACUCCCUGUGUAUUGAUUACUUGUGUUUGCGUGCCGCAUUGGUUGAGCUAGCAAUAUUACUGGAUUUUUUUUCACUUUUUAAGCGUAAUGAAACCCAAGGCUAAAGUUAUUCCAGAAACACGUUUUUUUUAAAAAAAGUAUUAAAAGAAACUUGAGUUGAACUGAUUGCCUGUGAUGCCAUUUAUAAAGGAACGAUGCUAAUACAGUAUGAGUUUUGCACAAACCUGUAAGCUCAAAUUAAAAUUUGUUCAGAUA